UAUCUUCAUCUAUUGAAUGAUAUCAUACUUUACCUCCUGCAGAACAUACUUACCUCUUCUUUCAAAGAUCGAGAAAAAUCUUCUCCCUUUGAAUGUGGAUUUGACCCAAUAAAUUACUCUCGUUUACCCUUUUCAUUACGAUUUUUUUUAAUUGCUAUUAUUUUUUUUUUCAUUUUUGAUGUAGAAAUUGCUUUAAUUUUACCAAUAAUUUUAAUUAUUAAAUCAUCAAAAUUAAUUAAUUGAU